UCUCGCAUAUUUUUAAUGGGGAUGGAUCUCACAUAUUAUUAUUAUUAUUAUUAUAUUAUUAAAUUGAAUGAAUUAAUAUAGUGUUAGAGUUGUUGUUUCAAAGUACUACUCAGUGGCUGCGGUAUCAGCAAAAGAGUGCAAUGGCUUCCACAGCAUGGUUCAGUCCCACUCCAACUUGUUUCCAUUCCAAACCUUUUUUCACUAUCAGAUGCAACGCUCACAACUCCGUCGCUCUUUCUUUCACUAAAACCCAACAAGACCCACUUGCUGUCUACUCUUCCGUCAAAGCCUUUGCUCCCGCCACCGUCGCCAAUUUAGGUCCCGGCUUCGACUUUCUUGGCUGCGCUGUUGACGGUAUCGGGGACAUCGUUUCUCUCAAGGUCGAUCCUGAUGUUCAUCCCGGCGAGAUAUUUAUCUCCGAUAUCUCUGGCCAAAGCCCUAAUAUCCAUAAGCUCAGCAAAAACCCUCUCUGGAACUGUGCCGGUAUUGCCGCUAUGGAAGCCAUGAAAAUGCUCGGCAUUCGAUCUGUCGGUCUUUCCCUCUCCCUCGAGAAAGGUUUACCGUUAGGGAGUGGAUUGGGAUCCAGUGCGGCUAGCGCUGCUGCAGCUGCGGUUGCGGUCAACGAGAUUUUCGGCAAGAGAUUGAGUGUGGAUGACCUUGUUCUUGCUUGCUUGAAAUCUGAGGAAAAGGUAUCUGGUUAUCAUGCUGAUAAUGUCGCGCCCUCAAUCAUGGGGGGCUUUGUUCUCAUUAGCAAUUACGAGCCAUUGGAGUUGGUGAGGUUGAAAUUUCCGCCGGAAAAAGAGCUGUUUUUUGUAUUGGUCACACCUGAAUUUGAAGCUCCGACCAAGAAGAUGAGAGCCGCACUUCCUUUGGAGAUAGGGAUGCCGCAUCAUGUGUGGAAUUCUAGUCAGGCAGGUGCUCUCGUGGCUGGAGUGUUACAGGGGGAUUUGUUGAUGUUGGGGAAGGCGUUAUCGUCGGAUAAGAUCGUUGAGCCCAAGCGUGCGCCUUUGAUUCCUGGAAUGGACGCUGUUAAGAAAGCUGCUAUUGAAGCCGGAGCUUAUGGAUGCACUAUCAGUGGUGCUGGACCUACUGCUGUGGCUGUCACCGAUAACGAGGAAAAGGGACUCCUUAUUGGGGAACAGAUGGUUCGGGCUUUUCAAAAGGAUGGCAACUUGAAAGCUUCUGCCAAUGUCAAGCAGCUUGAUCGCCUCGGUGCUAGACUUAUUAGUGGCGUUCGUGCAAAUUGAUUUGAUUCAAUUUCAGUGUAGCUACUUAGCUGGUAGGUAGGUGAGUAGAGAGACUUGUAGAUUCCCAAAUUUGGAUUUCUCUAUGGUGUGCUGACUUGUCACAUGUGUUUGAUCAAAGAAACAACAUUGAGGUGCUGAGGUCUGAAUAAAAAGAGAAACAUUCAAACUAGGCUGGUACCUGCUCUUGGAAACUCAAAUUGGAUCGAUGAAUAAUAAUUAUGAAAGACAUUCAUUCGAUCAAUGUUGUGGUGGACUCAAAGGCAUGUUCUAGAGAACAUUUUCAUUUGCUUUUUUGUUUUCCCUCCUUCAUCUUGCUGUACUUGAGAAAGCUCAAUAAGAAGUCUUUUGUAGUUUAUUUAUUUUAUUUUGCUGUGUUAGUCUUGUUUUUUGAAUAGUAUGUAAAAUGUAUUGUAUUAUUUAUACUGACUUUUCUAAUGCCAAGGUUUUUAUAA